CUUCGUGGUGUAUCGAGCCGGCGACCGACAUCGCCCGCCCGCGUCGUGACGUCACAGACCAUGCGGGACCUGGCCGCCAAAAUGGCCGAAUUAAAGUUUGAGGCGCCCCUGGCGCAGUUCGAGGACGGGGGUGACGAAUGGGGCUCGGGGGAGUUCCAGUCGUACAAGAACAACGAGCACGACAUCAUGAACAGCAACAAGAAGCUGAAGGACCUGAACCAGGUUUUGAACGAUCUGAACGAAGACCUCACCAACAACUCGAACAUCGUCGAGCUGAUCUCUCCAAAAUCCAACGUCCAACUGAAAAAUGAACAGAAUGCUGCCCAGAACAACCCGACCACUGAUACAAUCAACAACCCAUCCGAUGAUAACUUUACAGAAACUUUCUCUGGAUCUCUGGAAGACCUGGUGAAUACUUUCGACGAAAAAAUUACGAAAUGUUUCGGGAACUACGAUGAAUCAGUGGAGAAGUUGGCUCCUGUUCAAGUGAGGAGUCAGGAGGAGAUCAUGAAUGAAUGCCAGAUGUGGUGGACGAUUACGGGAAAUUUUGGAAACAUUCUGCCAAUCGAUUGGUCCAAAUCGUAUGCCAGGAAAUUACAGAUCGAUUCCCUACAUUUAGAACAGCAACCACAAACACCUGAAGACGACCUAGACCUCUCCUCUGAAGACGAGGCUGUAGCCAACGAUUUGGACAUGCACGCCCUUAUUUUGGGUGGUAUUCAACAGGAAGCAGAACCCUUAAAAACAGCAGAUGAAGUUAUUCAAGAAAUUGAUGACAUGAUGCAAGAAGAAGAAUAUUCUAUGGACGAGAGUCCUAGAGAUUCGUUUGAGAACAGCGAGGUAAUGGAAAAAGCUAAAGAAGUUUUGGCAUCUCCUUUAUAUGAAGACAAAUUGAAGGAUCUAAGUCUAUCCCAACUAAAUGAACUCUUCCUUGAACUAGAAGUACUGAUCAGAGAGUUCUCAGAAACUCUUAUUACGGAACUGGCACUCAGAGACGAGCUUGAAUACGAGAAAGAACUCAAAAACACUUUCAUUUCACUGUUAUUGGCCGUCCAGAACAAAAGAAGACAGUACCACGUUGAAAGGAAGAGAAGUUCGAAAAGUAAUUCAGUUAAAACGCCCAGUGGACUGGACCCAAAGUAUUUGACCACUGUCAUUCCUUACCAUAUAGAUAAUGGUACACCAGAUAAUCAAACUUUACAAGUUCUAAUAAAAAUUCUAAAAGCUAUUAAUGAAGAUAGUCCCACUGUACCCACCUUGCUUACAGAUUAUAUAUUAAAAGUUAUAUGCCCAACGUAAACCAAUACUUAGGAUAGAAUAAACUCGCACAAGAGUGGUGUCGUUUUUUUGACAGAUCUAGCAAAAUAUUUUUAGUUGUCACUGAUAUAUGACGUCUGUAUAUGACGUUACGAAGGAAUGGAUUCCGACAAAUUUUUUUGACUAUUGAUUAAGGUA